GGCAACCCCAAAUGAUGAAUGGUGGUGAUCAAAAUUAUAUAGUAAUUGAUAAAGUGGCCUUUGAAUUGGCCAUGGAAAUAAAGAGUAGACUUAAAGAUGAGAGGGAGAAGUUUGAAGAACUUGUGAAUGUUUUCAUUGAUUGGAAGGCAAAAAGAGUUGACACUACUUAUGUUGAUGAAAAAGUGUACGAAAUACUUGAAGGUCACAACGAUUUGAUAAUGAGAUUCAACAACUAUAUGCACAAAGGAAAUGAAAUCAAGUAUUUGAUGGAGGAAGAACAACCUCCCCCAAAGAAGCGUGUUACAAUGGAAGAUGCUAUAAAUUUUUUGAACAAGAUAAAGGCUCAAUGCCAAGGUGUUGAUGAUCGAGUUUACCAAUCCUUUUGUCACAUAAUGAAAAUGUACUACAAGAAAAAUAUCUCUUACAAAAGGGUCAUCUAUGAGGUUGUUGGAAUUUUCAAAGAUUAUCCUGAGCUUCUUGAAGGGUUUAAACAUUUUCUUCCUAAACAUGUCACUAUAUGAUAUGGAUGCUCCCUAUUCAAGGUGAAGAGAUAUAUAGGAGAUCUGCAAUACCAAUAGUGCAACAUUUUCUUCUUGAUAAAUUUGAAAAACUUUGUAAAAUGCAAAGUAAAGGUUUGAUAUGGACAUAAUUUAGACUUUUUAGGCAAAGUUUUAACUUAUUUAAUUUAAGUUUUAAUUUAUCUAGUUUAUGAGUUAUAUGAAGCAAUAGUUUCAAAAGCAUUAAGU